AUGUGUCGUGGAAUUGGUUAUAAUUUAACAUCGAUGCCAAAUGAAUUGAAUCACGAGUCGCAGGAAGAAGCCGGACUUGAAGUACAUCAGUUUUGGCCAUUGGUUGAAAUCGGAUGUUCUCCAGAUUUGAAAUUUUUUUUAUGUUCUAUGUAUACGCCGAUUUGCAUUGAAGACUAUCAUAAACCGUUACCCGCUUGUAGGAGCGUUUGCGAAAGAGCAAGGGAAGGAUGUACUCCACUCAUGUUACAGUACGGUUUUCCUUGGCCGGAAAGAAUGGCAUGCGAAAGAUUUCCAAUACACGAUAGCGAUCCGGAAAAUUUAUGCAUGGAACAAAGCAACAGAACAGAUUCAACGAAAUCUCAACAAUCCUCAUCGGCAACGCAUAAACCUCCAAAAAAAAACUCCGGAAAAUGCAAGGUGGGAAAAAACGGAAAUUCAAAACAUUGUCCGCCGGAAGAAACUCAACUCAUCACAAAAGACAUUCACGGUUCAGAUUGCGUAUGCAAAUGUCGACCACCACUAAUCGCAAUCUCCCGUGAUAGUCCCUAUUACAACCGAAGCAUAUCCGUUGGAAAUGUGAACAAUUGCGGAUUUCCCUGUCACGGAGUGUUUUUUAACCAAGAAGAAAAGGAUUUUGCUUCGGUUUGGAUCACUUUGUGGUCUAGUUUAUGUUGCGUGUUCACAUUGAUGACUUUAACCACAUAUUUUAUCGAUACGGAACGUUUUAAAUAUCCGGAAAGGCCGAUUGUAUUUUUAUCAGCUUGUUAUUUUUUAGUUAGUGUUGGGUAUCUAAUUAGAGUAGUUUUAGGUCACGAGGAAGUUGCCUGCGAAGCUAAAAUGAUAAGAUAUAAUGCAACGGGACCAAUACCGUGCACCGUCGUUUUCCUAUUAGUAUACUUUUUUGGAAUGGCCUCGUCCAUCUGGUGGGUCGUGCUAUCGUUUACGUGGUUCCUCGCCGCCGGAUUAAAAUGGGGCAACGAAGCCAUAGCAGGGUAUUCACAGUAUUUUCAUUUGGCAGCUUGGCUUAUACCGACGGUUAAGUCUAUCGCUGUUUUAGUCAUGAACGCCGUAGACGGUGAUCCCGUCGCGGGGAUUUGCUACGUAGGCAAUCAAAACUCGGAUAAUCUUAGGGGUUUUGUAUUAGUGCCGUUACUAGUUUAUUUAUUAUUAGGUACGUCGUUUCUUUUAGGAGGAUUCGUUUCUUUAUUUCGGAUUCGAAGAGUGAUAAAACAACAGGGUGGCGUUAGCGGGAGGAGUAAAGCGGACAAAUUAGAAAAACUAAUGAUACGUAUUGGUAUAUUUAGCGUUUUGUAUACGGUUCCGGCGACAAUAGUGAUCGGUUGCCACAUAUACGAAAGUACAUUUUAUACAAAUUGGAUGAGCCAAUUAGUGUGUCCGUGCAGUGAACCGAGUCGCGAGACGGCGCUUUCAUUCGGCUUAAGAACGAGACUGAGGCCGAUGUAUUGGAUUUUAAUGUUAAAAUAUUUCAUGGCGCUUGCGGUCGGUAUAACCUCCGGAGUAUGGAUCUGGUCUGGUAAAACUUUGGAUUCUUGGAGAAGAUUAUCGAGGAGAUUGUUCGGAGGUGGAAGAGGACACGGACACGGAUCCGCACUAAUAAAUCCAGUCAAACAAAGAGCUUGCGUCAAACAACAAUAUCAGGUCAUUCCGGUGCAAUCUAUGUCUUUACCUCCUCCAAGUUCAACCAUGCUCUCCGGGCCUCAUAUAUCCGCAGCACCGGGCAGCAUACAAUCUGCCAGCCAACACCACAUGGCUACUUCUGGCAAUUUACACCAUCACAUACUUAAACAACCGCUUUCUCACGUAUGA